AUGGCGGCUAGGGAGAGCGGCGGGAUGGUGCCGGUGCGCUGCGAUGGAAGGAUUGGGGUCGUGGCCUCCAUCGCCAUGAACCUCGCGUGGCUCGCGAUGUUCAUUCACCGGCGCUACUUCAGCGGCGGCGGCCGAUCCGACGGCAGCAACGGCGGCGGCAGGGAGGUCACCACGGUGGAGCUGUCCAAAGGCAAGCCACCGGUCACUUCGGACUCCAUCGUUAACCUCGACCAUGGAGUGAUCUGA